AUGGACAUUGAAUGCCAGGAAGCUGACGAACACUAUAAGUCAUCCCCGCAAAUGCGCCACAAAUCACCCAGCGGACCUGUGGGCCCGUUUCGACGUCGUAGGGAAAACAGAGCUUGCAAUGCAUGCCGGGCAAGAAAAACCAAGUGCGAUAUCUCUGUCAACGGAAAGUGUUCCUCCUGCGUUGCAGCUGGUAUCGUAUGCGAGGUGUCUGAGCCUUCUGAUAAACAGCAGAAUGCUAUUCUCUUAAAACGCAUUAAGGAGCUUGAAAAGAGUGUGGAGAAAUUUUCCAAGCAAAUUGAGCAGACUGCUGUUGUUACAAUACCACAACCGACAGAUAUGGAUGCCUCUGUUGAAUAUUUCCGACCAACUAUACUGACUCCACGCCCGUCAUCUCCCAUCUCAAACACAUCAAUCAGCCAGAUGACUGCCGAGUCCCAGGUCGGCUCUGCGGUAGGAGUGGUUGAGAGGUGUGACUCGAGGAAGCGCCGUCGUUCCGCUAACGGCAAUCUCAACCUCCAGACAUAUGUUACUGGUACCGGCACCAAAACGCACCAUUUCUAUGGAUCGACUUCGGAAUUUGUGUUCCUCGAUUCAGUUAGUGAGUAUGUCCAGCAAUUGGGCUACGAAGUGCCAUCCCCCGGCAAUCUAUGGCGCUCUUCUGCAGAUACCGCACAAUCGCACCUGGCUGAUACGCAGCCCAAAUCCAAUUUGGCGGCCGAACUGCGGUCUCAGCUGCCGUCUCAGCAUCUGGGUGCGAAAUUGAUCGAGGUGUAUGCCCAACACGUCCAAGCACACACCCCGAUGCUAUAUUGGCCCACCAUACUUAUCAAGUUUCAACGCAUUUAUACAAGAUCCCCGUUGCAUUAUGAGGAAAGUCAAAUGGCGGCUGACUUUUGUAUUCUCAUGAUGGUGUUCGCCGUCGGAUCGCAAUUGUCAGACGUCGUGGAACUCGGCCAUGACAGCGGCCAGCAGAUGAAGAAAGGCUGGACAUUCUUUGAAUCCGCACGACGAUUCCAAAGGCUCAUCAAAUCGACUUACACUUUAGACGAUGCCAUCAUCACUCUGCUGAUGAGCAUCUAUCUCCUUGGGGCGUCCCUACCGAGCCCAUGCUGGGUCAUGGCGGGGACGACCUCACGCAUUGUGCAAGACCUCGGGCUCCAUAAACGGCCAUCGCCGCACCAACUCUUCAACGUUGAGAUUGAGUCACGGAAUCGAUUGUUCUGGGGAGCCUAUAUGGUAGACCGAAUAGUAGCUCUAGCAUUUGGACGGCCGGUACUGCUCUUGGACGAGGAUUGUGAUGUGGAUCUUCCCGGAAAGGUGGAUGAGAAGGGGGUGACGGCGCCUCAGUCGCUGCAUUUCUUCCAGACGAGCAUAUCGGUCGUCUCUCUUCUCGAUCCCAUCAUCCAACUCGACGCCAUUCCGGGGAAUGAAGGACACGAUGUCGAAGCGAUGAUGAAGAUCGACACACAGCUGCUUGCGUGUUGGUACAAGUAUCCCCACGACUUGGGUAAUGACGAAGCCGACGGAAGCAUCGAACCUUCGAUUUUGAAGAUCAUCUUCAUUGCACAACAAGCUCGUCUAGCUCUUUUCCGACACUUCACCAACAGUAAUCUCAACCACGCCCUUCGAAAUGCUUGUCUCAAGAAGAGUGUGGAAAUUUCCAAGCUGACGGCCAAGAUCAUGCUGAGGGUUGCGAAGAAACACAACUGGGAGGAUGGUUUCGCUCACCGCUGCAACGAUAUGGUUUACAACCAUAUUUUCCGAGCGUCGAUUGUGCUUCUACUCGAACACAGGCUGAGGACAUCGUCUAACCUUGCAAAGGCGCAAGUCAGAGGUGGCGCGCAGAAUCAGUAUAUCAAUAUUCUGUGGCGGGCCUUACGAGCAGCCGCCGAGGCACGUCUAUCGGCUGCAAAGUCAUUGGAGCUACUACAGGUGUUUGCGAAUACCCUUAAUUUUGAUCCGAGUCUCACUGAGGAAACUCCCAACCAGUGCGCCCCCGAGAAUCUACCUGAUUCCAUGGCGCAGCCAGAGUUGGACCUCCAGUCUCAAACCCGAUAUCCAGAGCACGACCUGUCCGUCGAUUCCAACUUGGAAAUAUUUGAUGACUUGAAUCCGGGUGUCAUGUGCCAAACGCAGUCAGCACAGGGGCCAAACUUGGUGAUCAAUUCUCCUGAGAGAGCGACUAAGAUCCAUUCAUUCUCUCAAGACCAUGAAGCAGUGACCGCCGAUCCAACGCCAAUUGAUAUCGAAAAGUUACCAUCUCCAAGUCAUUGUAGCGUAUGGUCAGACGACAUGGACUGGGCAAUGUUUCACGAGCUUCUCAACCACGACAGUAUCUUUGGCAUGUAUGCUGGUGGUGUGAAUGGAAAUGGGACGGUCGACUUUUAA